GCAGUGACGCGCCGGCCAUGCGGGCGGCUGUUGUCGGGCCUCCAGCGGGCGGGGCCGUUGGCGGAGAAGAGUGGAGGCGCAGCCGGGCGGAGGGCCCACGAGGGCUCAGCCUUCCCGGUCAACGGUGGUGACGGUAUCCCAGAGUGCCAGAGAGCCGUUGCUUUUCCGAGUUGCUCUCUUCCAGGCUCCGUUGGUGGUCGGCAUGGCCCGUGGAAAUCAACGAGAACUUGCCUGCCAGAAAAACAUGAAGAAAACCCAGGAAAUUAGCAAGGGAAAGAGGAAAGAGGAUAGCUUGACUGCCUCUCAGAGAAAGCAGAGGGACACUGAGAUCAUGCGAAAGCAGAAGGCAGCUAAUGAGAAGAAGUCUAUGCAGACAAGAGAAAAGUGAUGACUGGCUAUUUGGAAAACCUGGGUGCUACUGCCAACUGGGUGUAUCAUAAGCUCUAAGAUCAAGAUUUUGUAGAGUGGACAGUCAUUACAUAUGUUAUAACUUAUCCUUUAAAAACUAUUUUAAACUUUAUCCUUUCAGCUUUACUUAGUGCGAUGUUUUAGAAGCAAUCUUCAAAGAAUAAAACACUAACCAUGCAUGUGA